AUGAAUGGAAUGGGUGAACGCUAUCUGUCUUCUUGAACGCUAUCAGUCUUCUGCUGCAGACGACAGCCGAUUUUGGAAUAGCCGGUGGCCCUGGAACCAGCUUUGCACGCAAUCUGCCCACUGAGUUAAUUUUUCUCUCCAGCUAGGCUAAUUGAACAGGUUAAAUCGACCUAUUCUUGUGAUUUAGAUUUAUUUGCUUUGUUUAAUAUUUUGUAUUAGCCUAUCUGCAUAAUUAUACCCCAGGACCAGAUUUAGUGCAUUUUUUACAGCUAAAGGAAGAAGUGAUGGAUAAAAUAAUGUCCAGGCAUCUCACGGUGAAUCCAAGUUUUCUACCUGCGUCGAAUCACUGCGUACUGAAGUCUCUAUUGGAGAACCCCAUGAAGCUACCCUUCCUCAAACAUGAACACCAAAAUGAAGGGUUUGGGAAGGAGCGAGAGAAGGAGAAGAAUUUGGAUGAGGAGAGGAGUGCCCCACAGUCAGCCUUCCUUGGCCCCACACUGUGGAACAAGACUCUCCCCUACGAUGAGGACAAUUUCCAGCUGGAGUACAUGGAUCUGGACGAGUUCCUGUCGGAAAAUGGCAUUCCGUCUGAUCUCGCCACCGCCGUCCACCAGCACCAAUCACACCAAUCGCAGUCCCAGCACCAGACGUCAAGUAGGUCACAAGCCCCGACCACACCGUCGCCCUCAGUGAUCGACCUUAGCAGCCAUGCCAGCGCAUCGACGUUGGUACACACAGGCAUGGGCGCACAGAACUGUCUCCGUAGUCUUACCAGAACAGCCCUGCCAUCCAGAAACACUCCCAGCCCCAUCGACCCAGAGUCCAUCCAGGUGCCGAUGAGUUAUGAGCCCGACCCUGCUGACCUGGCCCUGUCCAGUGUACCGGGACAGGAGAUGUUCGACCCCCGCAAAUGCAAGUUUGCCCCCGAGGAGCUCAAACCACAGCCCAUGUUCAAGAAGGCUCGCAAGGUGUUAUUCCCUGAUGACAUGAAGGAUGACAGGUAUUGGGUGAGGCGUAAGAAGAACAAUGUGGCUGCCAAGAGGUCACGGGACGCCCGUCGGCUCAAAGAGAACCAGAUCGCCAUCCGAGCGGGUUUCCUGGAGAAAGAGAAUUCAGCACUGAGGAUGGAGGUGGGCGACCUGAGGAGAGAGCUGGGGCGCACCAAAAACAUAGUGGUCAAGUACCAGGCCACACACGGACCUCUGUAAUGGGACUGAGACAGAAUACACUCAAACACAGAUAGCAACUACACACACACACACAAAAUAUGAGGCUGAGAGGCUGAGCUUACAGCUGUCUGAGACAACCACCCAAUCAAUCCCCCCAUUUAUCUCACCCAUGUCUGUCUCUGAUUGGCACUUUAGCGUGAAAGCGGAUAACGUUGUGUAAAGAGUAUGAAACGGAAUGUGUUUCCUUUAUUUCUGGGCUAUGUGUGUUUUCAAUUUGAUUAUUUUCUUUCUUAUAUACAUUUAUCCACACAUGGCUAAUGUAUUUUAUUUGUUAUUUUCCUUACACAGUGGUUUGUACAUAUUGUCCACGGCGUUUACUGUGGCAUUUCAUUUUUUAUGAAUAUGUAUGUUGAAUGUUAUGUUACCUACCCUUAUCCAACUCCCUCUUGAUCCAUAACAUCUGUUAUCAUCUGUUGAUGAUCUUGUGUCUGUGGUUGCCAUAGUUUUCUAUGGUUUCCAUACUGUAAAUAUGUCAGCUGAGAUGUCUCCGCUGACGUUACCUGUCUCACUUCAUCCAGCUUUCUUUUUAAUCCACCCCCCCCCCCCCCCUUUCUUAUGCUUUGACAGAGAUAAGCUGUUUGUAAAGUGUGGAAUCUUGAUGUAAAGAAUGACUGCACUGCU